CGAAACAUUAUUGUUUCAUCGAUCACACAUCUCUCUCUGUCCACUCCACUCACACAGAGACAUAGAGAUACUGGUAGUAGUAUUGAGCUUAAACAUGGCCAAAUAUGUAUGCACAGUUGGCCGGUUUGCAUCUCUACUCCCUUUGCAUUUCCUACUUCUGAUUACUGCAGAUUCUUCACCAGACUCGUUCCUCUACAGCGGGUGCUCUCUGAUGAAAUACACCCCAAACUCACCCUACCAAUCCAACCUAAACUCCCUCAUCACAUCCCUCUUCAACUCCGCCACAUACUCCUCCUACAACCACUUCACCAUCACGGGCGCGAGCCCGCAACAAGACGACGUCGUCUACGGCCUCUACCAGUGCCGCUCCGACCUCUCCAUGCCCGACUGCGCCACCUGCGUCGCCCGGGCCGUCACCCGCCUCGGCUCCACGUGCCCCCUCGCCUGCGGGGGCUCCAUGCAGCUCGAGGGCUGCUUCGUCAAGUACGACAACGCCUCCUUCAUCGGGACCGAGGACAAGUCGCCCGCGAUGAGGAAGUGCCGUCCGUCUGACGGCGAUGACGCGGACCGGAUGGGCAGCCGAGACACUGUGCUUGCGGCGAUGUGUGGUGGGUCCGGGGGGCCGUAUCGGGUCGGGGGUGCUGAGGGUGUGAGUGGCGUGGCGCAGUGCGUUGGAGACCUGACUGCGGGGCAGUGUCAGGACUGCGUGGAGGAGGCGAUACGGCGGUUGAAGGCGGAGUGCGGCGGGGCUGUGUUUGGGGAUAUGUUCUUGGGUAAGUGUUAUGCGAGGUACACCACUAGUGGGGCCCAAAAUUAUGCAAGAUCCAACCAUGAAUCCCCACAUAGUGAGUCGGAGAAGACAUUUGCUCUGAUCAUUGGAUUACUAGCUGGUGUUGCUUUGCUAAUCAUCUUCCUCACUUUCCUCGGCCGAUUGUUUAGUAGAAAUGGGAAAUAAGUGAUAAAUUAAGGGAUCCCAAAGUUGCUAUGUGGAUUUGCUUUUCGAUGGCCAUUUUACUUUUCCAGUUAAGGACAAACUCCAAAGUGUGUGUUGUCUAAUUAAUGAAAAACUUGUAAGAAACGUGUAACAUGAGGAAACUUUUGAUGUGGCCAAUCCUUUGGCUUUCCAUCCCUUGUAACCACCUUUUGUAUAAUGGUUUGCUUAAUGGUGAAUUAUUAUCAAGACCUUUCAUGUC